AUGAAUCAUAACCAUGCCAACUGGGAUGAGGGCACGACGAAAACUUUGCUGGACUUGUGCAUUGCUCAGAAGAACCAGUUCAAUUGGAGCAACAGAUGCCUUAGUAAGUUGGGAUGGAAGAACGUGUACCGCAGCUUCAACCAACAGACUGGGUUGCAUUUGGGCAGCAAGCAGCUGCAGAACAAGCUCAACGCCCUGCGGAGAACAUUCCUGAGCUGGACGGCCUUGCAAAACCAAUCUAGUUUAGGGCACGACACACAAACUGGUGGUGUUGCUGCUGAUCCCACCUAUUGGGAGGACGACGAAGCGGACACCAGUGAUGGUGCUGCCCCGCCGAGGUCCCAGCCGAGUUCUGUUAAGGCUCCACCUUUCCUCGAAGAAUUGUAUGAGUUGUAUGGCCAUGACCCCCAAGACAGGGGCACCUUGCUGACGACAUGA